AUGCCAGAACCAGAGCCAGUAGCUGAACCAGAUGCAGAAGACGAAGCGGACGAAGACGAGAUUCGAGAGAUUCCACCUCAACCUGCCGCACAAAAGAAACCUGCGAGAGCGCGUCUACUUCGUGCGCGCAAAGGGGUCACAACUGAUAACUCGGACGAAGAGCCUGCUGCCGCGUCAAAGACGCGAGAUGCCAGUACUGAGCCUAGGGCUCGUAUAGUUACUACCACAACAGCAAGAAAACCGAAAAUAGACGUUGAAACGGCCUCAAAAAACCCGGCGGCCCGCAGUCGUGCCACCCCUGUCCCAGUUGCUCGAUCUGAGCCAACAAAGGCACGCCCACGAGUUUUUGCGAAGCCAAAGGCCGCAACCACGGCAACCCGUGCCCCUCACGGAGCAAGAUGCGUACCUGAAGCCCCGGCUCCCAUACAGAGGGCGAGACGCACACGGGCGGUGACCGCACCUGUGAAAGAGGAGGAUGUCGAUACUAUGGUUCCUGGCAAGGCGAAGAGCACAUCAACGACCCGCAGGCGUGCGGUGACAGCGGUGGAUAAGGAAAAUACCCCAUCGAGUUCGAAAGAGGAUGAGGGUGAGCGGAAGAAGGAGGCGGAGGUGAAGCGCACGACGCGGGCGACGAGGUCACGAGCAUGA